AUCAUUUACGGGAACAGACAGCAUGUUGACUGGCAGAGUUUACCCUGUGACCUCUUAGGAUCAUCCAGGUCACAGACUGUUGGUAAACCGAACAAAGACCCACGAGGUGCAGUGUGCCCGUAAAUCCACGUGGUGCAGAGCAAACCUGGGCUGUUGGGGGAGGGUUCAAACACAAACCUGCAAUACUUUUUCUAGGGCAUUCAGUAGAUAAUGGCAAGUUCUUUUCUGUACAAUCAAUAUGGCCUUCAGUGGUAUAAAAACCAGGAGUAUGAACAAAUAAAGUUCUAUAGAUAAAAAGCUGCAGUAAACUAAAAAGUAGCAGUAAAAAAAAAAUUAAGUUGACAAAAAGUACCAUUAGAAAUUACUAAAAAACUACAUUUGGAAUAGUAGCUGAGAUACAAAAAAUAUUGUAUUGAAUUCAAAUGUAAAGACUGAAGUUAAAGCUGACUGUAAAGAAACCGUGUCUAUAAGAUGGGAAACUUGAGGAAGCUCCUUUCUUUUGUCAAAUAUGAGUACUUUAUCUAAACAUUAGGAGCGCACCAUAACAAAAAGUCUUGUUUCGAGCCGCGACACAAGCAGUCAGAAAAGCUUCACUGACACCUCUCUGUGUCCAUGGAAAGGUCUACUGAGGCGAUAUGGCGUCAUUCUUGCACAUAAUAUUCCCUUGUUUGGUGUUUUGAUGGUGGCGGACCGUACCGUCCGACACAUUGGUCCCAAUCUCUGUUACUCAAAGCAUCUGCAGUUCUUUCCGCACGUAUUUAUUCAGGUGUGAAGCAGAAUUUCCACAGAUAGAUGCAUCCGGGUAAAACAAGGCUUUUUCCAGCCUGUUAGGACUGGCGGAUUGUUGUUGUGGUUAGAAUGGUGUCCUUCCAGAUAAGAUGCCAAAGAAUCAUGAAAGAGGAGCUUCUUCCACACUUGCUCUCGUUGUCUUCCUUCCGAGACGUUGCUGUCUUCAUUCAUCUUUUUUCUGCUUGAGUUUGUUUAACUGAAGACAGAACGACUGGCAACUGAAAUGGGCGAAUGGGACGUGCUGGGCCGCCUUCUGGAUAAAGUGCAGAGUCACUCCACCGUGAUCGGCAAGGUCUGGCUCACCGUGCUGUUUGUCUUCCGCAUCCUGGUCCUGCGCACCGGCGCCGACAAGGUGUGGGGCGAUGAGCAGUCCGACUUUGUCUGCAACACCCUGCAGCCCGGCUGUGAGAACGUCUGCUACGACAUGGCCUUCCCCAUCUCUCACGUGCGCUUCUGGGUCCUUCAGAUCAUCGCUGUGGCCACUCCAAAGUUGCUGUACCUCGGUCACGUCCUCCAUGUGAUCCACCUUGAGAAGAAGAUGAAGGAGAGGAUGAAGAGGCAUGCUGACUUGGACAACCAGAUCAGUCUGCUCCUUAGAAGGGCCUACAAAGUUCCCAAGUACACCAAGAGCACCGGCAAGAUCAGCAUCCGCGGGACUCUGCUUCGCAGUUAUGUCCUCCACCUCGUGGCCAAGAUUGUCCUGGAAGUCCUGUUCAUCGUGGGUCAGUACUAUCUGUACGGCUUCACCCUCAAGGAGCGCUACGUCUGCGCCCGCUCUCCGUGCCCCCACCAGGUGGACUGCUUCCUGUCGAGGCCGACGGAGAAGUCGGUCAUCAUCUGGUUCAUGCUGGUGUCGGCGGUUGUCUCUCUCUUCCUCAGCCUGAUUGAGCUGCUCUACCUGUGUGUGAAAGCUGUGAGGGAGUGUAUGACCAGGAGGCAGGACUACACCGUGACCCCGGUGACCCCUCCGCCUUUGGAGAGGAAAGCUUUUAAAAGCCGCGACGAGAUGCUCCAGAAUGGUGUCAACCUGGAGCUGGAGCUCCGUGGAGGAAAGCCAGGGGCGAACGGGGCCGGAGGCGGGUCCACCGAGGCUGCUGUGGAUGUGUCGCUGGAGAGCAACAACACGGGAGGGGAGGUGCACAUCUGAAGCAAGGAGGCACCCAUCGAUUUGAGUGCCAGUAUUUGUGUGCUUUUGGGUUUGAGCAGGAAAAAGAGUGUUUGUGUGCAGUAAAUUAAGAUAGCCGGAGUGAGAGUAGUCAGCUUCUGCAAACAGUACUCAGUCACAUGCAAAAUGUUGCUUAAAAUAACUGACAUGAUAAAAACAAAAAGAAAGAUAUCUUGGAGAUGAUUUUUUGUCAGAUUGUGCAAAUGGUAUUUUUGUGGAAUGAUUUGACAACAAUUUCGGUUCAAUAAACCUCUUUACAUAUG